UACACAUUCCCAUCUUCUGCGUCUCAAUUCGUGAUUGUUGUCUGUGAAAUCAUCUGCAACCAGCCCAAAACUUUCCAUAUACAGAGCAUUUUCUGCCCCGCUAUCUCUUGUAGAGAAAAUGGAUCCUCAGACUCAAAAUGAUAUCGCCAAGCUCAGCGAUGCCGACAGAAAGGAACUGACACAAUUUCUGGAAAACGAGGCUCAGCGAUCCAAUAUUCAGCAGACGGUUCACCAUCUCGCCGAUGUCUGCUGGAAGAAAUGCAUCACUGGAAAGAUUUCUUCAGGCCGUCUGGGUCAGGGAGAGGAGGGCUGCGCACAGAACUGUGUCGAACGAUGGAUGGACACAAACUUCGCCGUCCUCAAGCACUUGGAAACUCUUCGAGGGCAAUGAUUUAACCAGCAUUAUAAUGAGGAAGUGCAUUCCACACAAGUCAUGGCAACAUGUGUUCAUUGCUAUGUAACUAUGCGAGGCAAACCCGGAUCGCCCGCGCGAAAUGGGAACUUGAGUUUUGUAUUAUAGGACAGGAAAUAUAAUGCCUCACAACCUUGUUUCGAA